AUGGGCGCGGAUUCUGAAAAGAAUGGCCUAAGCCCUCAUUCCAAAGAGGGAAAAGAGGCACCACCUUCGUACGACAGUGCAAAUGCUGCCCCGGCAGAACUCGAUGAUGUUACCGCGGGAUUCGCCAAUUUGACGCUCUCCCCAGGGCCGCAGGACCCCAACACCGACACAUGCUUGGCACACCUCAAGCUUCUCUACGCCUUCCAGACACUGAAAGAAGAUAUAGGAUACACAGAUGGGCUCUGGGGCCUAUGGAAUACUCGGGUAGAGGGCGUCGACUCCACACCCAGUCUCGACGCCAAAGUAUCCGACGCAUCAAGCAGUGAGAAACUGAGCCAUGAGCAAGAACAGCAGCUGGCUCUUAGCCAAGUGAGGGAAAAACGAUGGGCGCUGUUUGUCGCGCGCGCAGUCGAUCGGUAUGAGACCUGGUGGGCUUCAAUGAGGGAUCCAUGCUACGUGCAGUUUCCCCUCCACGAGAGGGAUAUGGAGUAUGAUGGAGCAGCCGCAUAUGAUCUCUUUCCAAUGCCGAUGCAAGGCGUCUUGUGGAAGAACGAGCCGCUGCCACCAUUAGACGUUUUGCUUGUCUGGCAUUCCCACAUGCUCAACCCACGGGCUUAUCUUGAAGAUUGUAUGCGAGCAGGUCUCCGAGAUCUUUGGUCUCAUGGCAUGCCCUGGCAUCUGGUCAAUACUGCGAUUGAUUCCAGUUUUAAUUAUGUCGUUUCCGACGACGUCAAGGCUCUCUGGGUUGCCAAAACAGAGCGACCGUGGGAUAAUAUCGAAGAUAGCCCUGUCAAGAGGGUGGUAUGCCCUCGUUGCAAAACGCAUCUGGAUAUUCCAUGGACCACUUGCGGGGCAGAUGAGACGGCCAAAGCUUCCUCCCUACCUUCCCUUAUCGGCUCUGGUUAUGGCGAUGGCUCUCUCGACUACACAUGUCAUGGUUGCGCCCUAAAUAUGAACAAAGAUUUACUGAGCGUCAUCAAGUUCAAGAAUGACACGCAGAAGCUACUGACAAGAGGACUUCCCAUGCCCGGAACUCUACUCGAUCCUCAAUCCGGCAAGCCAGAGUCUUACAGGAGUAGGGUCACGCAAGCUACAUUCGACAGGCAUCAUGACCCGAUCACGCUUCCCAACCGGCUGGUUCAGCAGGUAAUUUGCUUCAAGCUGGACGAACUCAUCGCAAGCGCGAGACCAGCCUCGAUGGAGGAGAUUCGCCAGGAAAUAGAAAGAGCCCUUCAAGACCGCACUAGAGUCAACGCCUUAGUGAUGAAGACUUCGGGACACUACAAGCUUGGCACAAAGCUCGUCCCCAAGUCCCGUCUCGCCAUCCGAAAAAUGAUGAGCCGGUACUGGGAUAAUUUCUCUCCGUUCGCACUUGACCUGUCCGGAGCGGUGAUGCGACAGGGCAUUUUCGUGGAGAAGAUGUACCGUCUCGACUGGUUACACUCGCCCGUUGCUUCGCAGACCAUGGCUCGGAUCUGUACCAAAUACAUGAGAUUCCUUAAGCUCAUGGACAGCAAUCCCGGCAAGCUAUGCGUCCCGACACUAGACGUUGACCUAGGAUGGCAUACGCACCAACUUUCGCCCUCUGCGUACUACGCAAUGACCACCACAUCUUCCCAGUCCAAAUUUGUCGACCACGACGACAAGAUCAAUGAAGACGAGCUCAGCCAAGGGUUUGAAUGGACAAGUAAAACGUAUCAGAAGUUAUACCAUGAAGUAUAUUCGGAAUGUACCUGCUGGUAUUGCGAGACUGUUCGAUCUUCUCAUAUUUCAUCCAUUGGGAAGGCUUUUGGACUCUCAUCUAACGAAAAGGUCGCGGACGAGUUCUAUGAAUCGGGUGCCGCCAAGUCGUGUGAUACCGAGAACUCUGCCCACAUUAGCUCCCACAACGCCGUGACAUCCAGGGCGAUAGACCCAGAUAACCCCUCCAUGCGGUCUUCCAUGUUCGUCCGCAGCAAGGCCCAGAAGGCAUAUCAGCGUCGCCUGGACGAGAAUUACGAGAAGGCGUGCAAGCGGGCCGAGAAAAAGGGGCGGAAGCUCCCACCGAGGGACACUUACUACAGCCACUGGGGGUAUCCAUAUGCGGCAUAUGGCCCUUUCAUGUACCCGAUGUACUUUACGCCUGGUAUUUACUAUGGUGCCGAUCCCAACGUCGUUAAUUGCAAUGGCACCGGUUGCCCAGGAGCCUCGGAGGCGAUGGAGGAGGAGGGGGAUGCGGAGGAGGUUGCGGCGGAGGAGGAGGUGGAGGAUGCGGUGGUGGAGGAGGAGGAUGUGGUGGCGGUGGAGGGGGUUGUGGAGGAGGAGGAGGCG